AUGGCUGAAUUUGCCAGGGCUGGCUGCCGCAUGUGUGGCUUCAUUCGAGAAGGGCUUCUCCAGCGGAACGUAGGGUACAAGGGCGAAAUCUUUGUUAACGGGGGAUACCUAUGGGGCGGACAAGGAGAUGCAAAUGACGUCUCUGUCACAGAUCCUGGUUUGGCUUACUGGAGGUGCGAGGUGUACAAGGUCGAGGGAGGGACACGGUCGGCCCAGCUUGCAGUUCUGAAUUUUGACAUUGAGACCAGCAACAAUGACCUGCUUCAAUGGCUGAGAGUUGACGCGAAGUGCGCCCCAGAGCCUUUGGACCCGGACACUGUGGAAUGGCUCAAGUCAGAGCUUCAGAGCUGCGAUGACGAAUGCGACCACAUCAAACCAGCAUCGCAAUUCUUACCAACUAGGCUUAUUGACGUCGGUCAGAGCGAGAUGGAUGUCCCACGACUCAUCCUCACUAAAGACGCUUUCAACUUGCGAACGAUCGAUGAUCUGGAGUAUGCAGCACUGAGCUAUUGUUGGGGACCAAAAAGAGACGCUGUAAAGCAGGUAAAGACUACGAAAAGUACGAUUGCAACCCACUGUCAAGGAAUGCCGCUUAGCUCCUUGAGUCCCGUCGUGCGGGACACAGUCAAGGUUUGCUGGGCGCUCGGUAUUCGGUACCUUUGGGUUGACGCUAUUUGUAUCAUCCAAGGAGACAAGGAAGAUUGGGACCGAGAGAGUCAGAUGAUGGGCCAUGUGUACUAUUCUUGUUCUGUGGCCAUCUGCCCUGUUUCUUCGCAGUCUUGUCUCGAAAGCUAUCUCGGAGCACGGCCCAGAGGUCUCGACGUCGAUUUCGAGUCAUCGCGCCGCAAGCACAUCAGGGGCUCCUACAGACUCAUUCUAUCUUCUACGGAUCUUGACGAGCAUGCGAUGGGGACCCCUCGUCCUGGCCCAUCACUUUACGUGGAUCUCCAACGCUCUUCGUGGGAUCAUAGGGGCUGGACCUUUCAGGAGCUGGUUCUUUCACCGCGCAUGAUCGUAUUUGGGCCUUCUAUGUGCCAUUUUGUCUGCGAAGCUAAGACAAUCUCCGAGAACGGGCACAUUGCCACAGAUGCAAUGCAUGGUCCAUUGAGAUCUGUGAUGAAUAAGGCUCUCGGAAAGUGUGAUGCCGAGACAAAUCACUCGGCGGAGAGCGUGCAAGACGCAUACUGGCAAUGGACCUCAGUGAAUGAAGCCCAGAGUAGGAUCUGGACAUAUCGAGAGGACAUUCUCCCAGGGCUUUCCGGUCUCGCUCAGGGACUUGCAACGAUUACAGGAGACACAUAUCUUGCGGGUUUAUGGGAAAAUGAUCUCCACCACCAGCUGGUUUGGGAAAUCUCACGGCCAUUACCUGGCGACCUAGCCUCACUAGUACACAGCUUGCAGCACGCAGAUCCGUACAUCGCUCCUUCAUGGAGCUGGGCAUCGAGAACAGCACGCCACGAAAAUCUGCCCGACAGGCACUUUUCAAUGUCUGUCGCUGCUCAAGAGGCGACAUCUGCUGCUGACGAAAAAGAAAAGACGUUCUUCGAAGUUGUCACGCAGCCGAGCCACGUCCGCCCCGAGUUUGCCCUCAUAGACUACCGCAUAGAUUUUCAAGGCAGCAACACCUUCGGACCUCUUAGCGGGGCUUCUCUUCGACUGAGGGGGAAAAUGUGCCCGUUUCCUUCGGACGUCGAAAGGAAAUCUUUGGGGCCCAGCGGUGACUGUCGUCCGUCCUACGGGAAGUUCUCAGGCGGGAUCGGAACCUGCAUGCUGGACUGGGGCGUCAGCGAGACUUCAGUGCAGAGACCAGAGAGCAUGCAACUAUUUUUGAUAUCCAGCUGUUGCUCGCCAACUUCGCAAUGGGGCAAAAUGAAGUGGCUUGCGAACUGUGACGAUGAAGACUAUGACGACUGGGUACCGAGUGAAGCGUUGUUAGGCGACAAUUUGUUCUCCAGCGGCUAUGAGAGCAUCGACACGUGCAAGUACUGCGCGGAUCCAAUGCACAGGCGAACUGGCUGGGGUCUUGUUAUUCAUCCCAUGGAGGAGCUCGGAAACUACGCGCGAGUUGGAGCUUUUGUCCUCUUUGCACAUAAAGGGGGGAUGGAUCUCUUCAAAAGCGAGCCGGAGGAGAUAGUACUCGUGUAG